AUUCGAAACAUUUCCAAAAAAGAACGACAAAUGAUAUUCGACUUUAUAAUAUGUCACGAUCACCGGUAACGUCCACAAUCAUCGAUUCUCCUCCACUUCAAUCUCGUUUGAACUCUCAUCAUUAUUGUAUGUUGUUAUUUGAAAGGAUAAAAUCUUCAGUUUAUCAGA